AUGACGUGGCUGCGCGCUGCCGUCUCGCAGUUCAGGCACCACCUGGCGAAUACCAGGUCAAAGUGGUCAUGCAAGGCGACUCGAAAAUCGGCCAUCCUACGCCGCUACGCGCAUGACCAGUUUGAAGUCUAUCCUUCCCCAACCAUCGGCGCGGAAUACGAGCGCCGCUGUGUGGAGUGGCAGGACAAUAGGAUCCAGUUGCAAUUGUGGGACUCGAGCGGACCGGAGCGGUACAGGUCGCUGGCGUACCUCCGUGGCAUGCACGGCGUGGUGGUGGUCUACGACAUCGCCAACAGGGCGACCUUUGACAACGUCACGGCUUGGGUGGAGGAAAUGCAAAAGUACGCUCUCAUCGCCAAUGACAAUAGCAGGCGGGAUUGGUGCAACACAAACACGCAACACCAGACGGUGGUGCACCUGAUGUGCCUGCGGGGCAACAUCGAGGGCGUGCGCGAGCUGCUCGCCCGGCGCCUGGUGGUCGACAUCGAUGCGCGCAACGCCCACGGCGACACCGCCCUCCACUAUGCCAUUCUCAUGUUCGCGGCCUCUGCGUUCUCGGCAGCGGCGCGCAGAGGCCACGACGAGGUGGUGCGGCUGCUGGUGGCCCACGGCGCGUCGCGCGCGGUCGAAGGUCGCUUUGGCACGUCGGCCCAGGCGGCGAUCGAGUUCGGGCAGCACCACAUCGUCCAACGGCUCCGCGCACUGGCGCUCCGCAACGAAGACGCUCAACAGCUGGUCCUCAGUCGUCUUCCACCAGAGGUGGUGGUGCACGUGCUGUCGUUCGUGGCCAACGCGCACGACCUCUGUUCCCUUUCCAUGGUGCCCGACGACAUCCCAUUUCGCCCGUUGGCCAUUAUUUCGCCCGUUGGCCAAUUGGGAGAAGUUUUAACACUUACUAACGGAAAUGGUGCGGUGCUGUGGGAACACUCGCGUCUCAGGCGAGCAGAGCGUUGGCUGCGGUGA